GCCUUGGAUAACGAAGUCCCUGUUGAUGUCAUUCACAAACUCACGGCCAUUGACAAAUGGUUCUUGUAUAAGAUGCGUGGCAUUGUGAACAUGGAGAAGAUCCUGAAGGAACUGAACAGUGAAACUGUUCCAGAAGAGACGUUGAGGAGAGCCAAACAGAUCGGGUUCUCAGACAGACAGAUUGGGAAAUGCCUGAGGCUGACUGAAGUCCAGUCCCAUCAACUGAGACUGAGGAAGAAUAUUGUGCCCUGGGUGAAACAGAUUGACACACUGGCAGCAGAAUACCCAGCGGUGACUAAUUACCUCUACAUCACGUACAACGGGCAGGAACACGAUGUAAAAUUUGAUGACUGUGGAGUGAUGGUGUUGGGCUGUGGACCAUAUCACAUAGGCAGCAGCGUGGAGUUUGAUUGGUGUGCUGUCUCCAGUAUCCGCACGCUGCGUCAGCUUGGCAACAAGACCGUUGUAGUGAAUUGCAACCCGGAGACAGUGAGCACAGAUUUUGAUGAGUGUGACAGACUGUACUUUGAGGAGCUGUCAUUGGAAAGGAUCCUGGACAUCUACCAAUAUGAGGGAUGCAGUGGUUGCAUUAUUUCUGUAGGCGGGCAGAUUCCCAAUAAUUUGGCAGUGCCACUGCACCAGAGGGGAGUGAAGAUCCUUGGCACAAAUCCUUUGCAGAUUGGCCAGGCAGAAGAUCGUGCCGUAUUCUCAGCCGUUUUGGAUGAGCUGCGUGUGGCCCAGGCUCCUUGGAAGGCUGUCAGCACCCUGAAAGAUGCCGUUGAAUUUGCAAGCUCUGUGAGUUACCCGUGUUUGCUGAGGCCUUCCUAUGUUCUGAGUGGCUCAGCGAUGAAUGUAGUAUUCACUGAAGAGGAAAUGAAGAAGUUCUUAGCAGAAGCCACCAGAGUCUCUCAGGAUCACCCUGUGGUACUCACUAAAUUUAUUGAAGAUGCCCGUGAGGUGGAAAUGGAUGCUGUGGCCAAGGCAGGAAGGGUCGUCUCACAUGCUGUUUCGGAGCACGUGGAGGAUGCGGGCGUUCACUCGGGAGAUGCCACCCUCAUGUUACCCACACAGACUAUUAGCCAGGGAGCCUUGGAGAAGGUAAAAGACGCUACAAAGAAGAUUGCCAAUGCCUUUGCCAUCUCUGGUCCCUUCAACGUUCAGUUUUUGGUGCGAGGCAACGACGUGCUG